CGGGGCUGCAAAGAGCGCAGGGACCUUCCUGUCCCCGCACCCCCGAUUCCCGAGCCCGGCUUUGUGUAUGUCCCGGGGGCCGGAGGCGAUCGGGAGCGGGGCCCCGCGGGGGCGCAGCGAAGCGCAGCCGGAGGAAGCUCUCGGGGCAGGGAGAGAGGCAGCAGCGGCAGGAAAUCGCUGCCCGGAGAAGUGGCUGCAGCGACGAGGGGAUCCGAGCCGGAGAGACCCCGGGCCAGCCCGUGUGUGUGUGUGUGGGUGUGUGCAGGAUUCCUGGACCCUGACCCCAGGAUCUCCGGGAUGCAGCGCCGGGACGAGCCGUGUGUCUGGGAUCUCCAGGGCGCUGAGGAAAGGGAGACCCUGAUGGUCAUUUCUUCAGGUGCAAGAGCGGAGGAGAAUCCCCAGCAGGAGGGGUGUGUGGGAGCGAACCCACACGGGAUGCCCAAGAGCCCCGAGCAGAGAGAUGCUGGCAGGCCAGGAUGGCAUCAGGGAGAACCCCUAGAGGAGAGACCUGAUGAGUGUGAAGCUUAUGGGAUCCCUGAAAACAUCAUUAUUCUGGAAACCACCUACCUGGGAGAGAGACCCUAUAAAUGCCUUGUCUGUGGGAAAUCCUUCAGCCAGAGCUCCCACCUUGUCCAGCAUCAACGGAUCCACACGGGGGAGCGACCCUACAACUGCCCCGACUGUGGGAAGAGCUUUAGUCAGAGCUCCCACCUCGCCCAGCACCAGCGCAUCCACACCGGGGAGAGGCCCUACCAGUGUGUUGAAUGCGGGAAGAGCUUCAACCGCAGCCACACGCUGGCCAAGCACGUCCGCACCCACAUGGGCUCGCAGCCCUACAUCUGCCCUGAGUGCGGGAAGAGCUUCAGCCUCAGCUCCCUCCCUCAGCACCUGCGAUCCCACCUGCCGGGGAAGCUGUACACCUGCUCCGAUUGUGGGAAGGACUUCAGCAGCAGCUCCAACUUGGCCCAGCACCAGCGCACUCACACGGGUGAGCGGCCCUACAAAUGCUUGGACUGCGGGAAAGGCUUCAGCCAGAGCUCCAACCUGGUGAAGCACCAGCGCACCCACACGGGGGAGAAGCCUUACAAAUGCACCGAGUGCGGGAAGUGCUUCACCCAGAGCUCCACCCUCAUCCAGCACAGGCGGAUCCACCGGGGCGAGCGCCCCUACAAGUGUCCUGAGUGCGGGAAGAGCUUCGGCCUCAACUCGUCGCUGGGGAAGCACCUGCGCAUCCACACCGGGGAGCGGCCCUAUGAGUGCGUGGAGUGUGGGAAGAGCUUCAACCUGAGUGCCAACCUCAUCCAGCACCAAAGGAUCCAUCGUGGGGAACGGCCCUACAAAUGCCCUGAGUGUGGGAAGUGCUUCAAUCUGAAGUCCACCCUGGUCAAACACCUGCGCACCCACACAGGAGAGAGACCCUAUAAAUGCACGCAGUGCGGGAGGAGUUUCAUCGACAGCUCAAAGCUCAGCAAACAUGCCAGGAACCACGCAGCAGAGAAGUCUCCCCAGGAGGUGCAGUAAGAUCCUGCGUAGCAGGAUCUGCAAAGGGGCUCUGUCUUGGCCCUGGUGCGACAGCUGCUGGAAUAGUGGUACUGAUUCUGUUGCCCACAGUUCAAGAAGGAUGUUAAUAAAUUGGAGAGGGGUCAGAGAAGAAGGAUUAUGAGGGGUCACUAGAAUGAUGAAAGGAUUGGAAAACCUGCCUUAUAAUGAUAGAUUGAGUUCCUUGAGUCUAUUUAGUUUAACAAGGAGCGGGUUAAGGGGUGACUUGGUCAUAGUCGAGAAGUAUCUCCAUGGGGAACAAAUCACUCUUCAGUCUAGCAGCAAAAGGUUUGACUCGAUCCAAUGGCUGGAAGUUGAAGCUAGACAAAUUCCAACUAGAAACAAGGCACAAUUUUUUAACACUGAGGGUAAUUAGCCAUUGGAACAAUUUGUCAAGUGUCUUGGUGGAUUCUCCAUCACUGGCACAUUUAAAAUCAUGACUGGAUGUUUUUCUAAAAGAUCUGAUCUAGUUCAAAUAGGGAUUAAUUCAGGGAUGUUCUCUGGCCUAUGAGACAAGGAGGUCAGGCUAGAUGAUUACAAUGGUCCCUUCUGGUCUUGGGAUCUAGGACUCUGUAAUGGACAACUUUUUCCAUGGCGAGGCCAGAAAUUAGAUGCCCCAAAUGAAUCUAUGGCUCUUGAGUUGCCCUGUGUAGAACCAUAGAUUUCAAGGCCAGAAGAGGCCAUUAGAUCAUUCUAGUCUGACCUCCUGCAUAACACAGACCAGAAAAAUCUCACCCAGUGUUUCCUGCAUCCGGCCAAGAGGCCCAUGGUUCCACUUGGAUGAGGCCCAGAUUUUUCAAAAGUGACUAGUCAUUUCAAAAAAAAUAUGUUUUUGGUGCUUCUCUUUUUGGUUGAUCACCUUGAGACCCCUUUUAUAGGGGGCUGGUUUUCAAAAGAUGUUGAGCGCCCACCCUCUGAAAACCAGCCCCUUUAAUAUGUCUCCAAGAAACUUAGAACUGGAAGGGCCUUCCUGGGUCACUGAGUCAACUCUGUGCUGUCGCAGGCCAUCAUGGAAUCCUACUCAGAGACUUACCCAGAUCCAUCUUCAAACCAGUUAGGGUGUUUGCUCCUAGUGGGAGGCUGUUCCACAACCUCCCUCAUCUGAUGGUCAGGAACCUUCUCAUUUCCAGCCUAUGUUGAUUCCUGGCCAGUUUGUCCCCAUCUGUUCUUGUGCCAACAUUGUCCUUUAGCUUCAAUAGCUCUUCUCCCUCCAUGGUGUUUUCUGCAUGAUAUAUUUAGAGAGAGCAGUCAGAUCCCCUUUCAGCCUGCAUUUUAGGUAGGCUUGGAAGGAUUAGAUGUUUAUUGGUAAAUGUCAAUUUCACCACACACACAAACCAUCAACAAAAUAUUUCUAUCAAUAUUAAUUGAAAUUGACUAAUAGGCAAAGUAAGAAAAAUGCUGCUUGAGAACUUAUUAGAGUUAAAAUCCAGUGAUUUAGAUGAUUGAAUUGGGCUUGUUACAAAUGGACCGACCAAUGAACAGUAAAACCAGGUAUGAUCUGUUGAUUUAAGGAUAUUUACUUUGUAUAUUGUGAUGUGAUGUUGACAAUUUGUGUUUGAAUGGUUUAUAAAACUUUAACUUUUUGAAUCUCA